AAACGGAAGCUCCACUUAAGCCCAGAGCAAUGUAGCAACUUCUAUGCAGACCAAUAUGGGAAAAUGUUUUUUCCUAACUUAACAGCCUAUAUGAGUUCUGGACCUUUAGUUGCUAUGGUUCUUGCCAGACAUCGAGCAGUCUCUUACUGGAAGGAAUUGCUUGGACCAUCAAACACCUUAAAAGCUAGGAGAACUCACCCUCACAGCUUAAGAGCCAUCUAUGGGACUGAUGAUCUGAGGAAUGCACUUCAUGGCAGUCUCAGCAUUUCCUCAGCAGAGAAGGAAAUUCGAUUCAUGUUUCCAGAAGCAAUCCUGGAGCCAAUUCCAGCUGGACAAAGAGCCCGAGACUACCUGGCCCUGCAUGUGAAGCCCACGCUGCUGGCCGGGCUCACGGCGCUGUGUAAGGAGAAGCCUGCGGACCCCAUGACUUGGCUUGCUGACUGGCUGAUUGAACACAAUCCUAAUAAACCCAGGCUACAAUAUCAGAGCACUGAAGAAAAGCAUCAAGAGUGA